AUGGCACCGUCCGAGGAAUCCAUUCUCACAAACUUCUUGUUAUCCCCUUCCUCACUACCAACUGUUCUAUCACUUGAACAGUUUACGAAGCUGUUUCCGAGACGGUUACAAUCUCACCCGCAGAUUAGGACGUUGUAUCGUGACUUACAAUACCUCCGUGCCCAGGAUAUCGAUUUAGUCCAGGAAAACAUUCAAAGAGAAAUCAAAAACGGAGAGAAGCAAAAGGAAGAACUGAGAAAUGCUCAGCUAGAUUCAGGAGUGACCAGUAUGUCCCGUGGUGAUAAAACUGAGGCUGAUAUGGAUAUCCAACUAUUUGGCCAGCAGGAUGGACUGGUAACCAGGCCAGAAGAUCGCCACACCCUACAGACGCUUUUGGUUGAUAUGGAAAGGGCCUGUGGUGCCAUGCGAUCCAAUAUACACUCCCUCGAUUCAGAAACGUCAGAGCUCGCUAGCCAAAUUGAAGCCACCGUGGGGGAAUUGAGUGAUCUCCGGUAUGGAAAGUUGAACGCAAGUGGGGCAGGUAAUGCUCUAAGAGAUGAUGUUAUCCUGGGCUUGAAAAAUCUAGAAGACAGAUGCAGUAACGCUAUGUCACGCUGA